AUGGCGCUGAGGCAGAAGUUAGGAUGGUCAGAAGGAGAUUUGAUGAGAUCAGAUGCAAAGCCAUGUUCAAGGCUCAUGAGACAAACUGCUGCCAUUUUCGCUGUUGGUGGAGCUCUUGGCUUCUGGGUUCUCUGCAGACUUCACUAUGGUCCGAGGGUUACAGUGCCACGGAGUCUGCGGUGGGCUGGGUGUGGAGCAUUGUCUGUGAGCACAUCAACUGCAACGCUUGUCCGUCUAUUAAGCCCUGAAUGUGAACCACAAAACAUUGCUGCGUAUGAUCAGCCCAAAAAUCCUCAAGCUACACUCCCUUAA